AUCGGUGAGCGUUGGCGACAAAAAUUGAUUAAUCGGCUAUCAGUCGGUAAAGUGUUAAUCGGGCAAGAGAGUCCUCGUACAAAACUGGAAAAGAAAAAUUAGAAGCAAAGAGCAGAAAAUCAAAGAAAAAAAGAAGUAACUCGCUAAAAGAGGUACUCUCGGGACAUGAUCCAGCAUCGUCGAUGAUAAUACGACGCAUAAUAAUUUCAUAUUUGCGACGUAAUCCAUUACGUGGCGGAAACACUCCUCCCUUUCCGACGUAGUCUGAAUUUCCGAAGAUGCUACGCGGAAAGUGCAGGUUGCACAUUAAUUAUUAGUCGGCAGGGUAAUUACGGGUCAAGCUUCGUGCAACACCCACAAAAUGCAAAAAUUGUUCCUUCUCCUACUGCGACGAUCAACGCGGACUAUAAAAGGGAGUGUACGAUCGUAUUGCGAAUCCACGUGCGCUAUUUCUUCGUGGUUUGAACCAUCGAGAAGCUAGCGAAGUUGGUUCGAAACAUCAACGAGGAAGAGGAAGAAGAAUAAAUUUGGAACAAGUCAAACAGGAUGAAGGGGGUCGGCGUUUGCCUGCUGGUCUCGUUGAUGCUUGUCUUGUUGGCGAUCAAAGAUACAGAGAGCAAAAAGAUGAACCUCGAUGAACUGAAGAAGUCCAUCAAGAACUUGAGGAAGCCUUGCAGCAAGAAGAACGACACCCCUAAAGAGCUUCUAGACGGCCAACAUAACGGUGAAUUCCCAAAAGACGAGAGGUUGAUGUGCUAUAUGAAAUGCGUCCUGACACAAACUAAAGCUAUGAAGGGCGACGAAAUCAUGUGGGAUUUCUUCGUGAAGAAUGCUCGUGUUAUGAUCCUCGACGAAUAUUUCCCACGCAUUACACAUUUAGUUGAAACGUGUAAAAACUCAGUGACGGCUACGGAAGGGUGCGAAGCUGCAUGGCAAUUUAGCACAUGCACCUAUGCAACAGAUUCGGAGCUUUAUAUAAUACCGUGAACAACUCGUUAAUGGCGGACUCACAAGAUCAUCGAAGAACCAAGAGAAAUUUCCAAUCGCAAACAUCUGGACAUCGUCAUCCCCGUUAUCGUCGUCGUAGUAGUCGAAAAGUAGCAGUGUGUAGACAUACCCGAAAAAAACCACAAUGCAGAAGGGUUUAAACUAUCCAAAUCUUAUUCUAUAAUCGAUCAUCGAUCAAUGAUAUCAUGGGUCCGGGAGCGUACUGAUACGUCAGCUAUUUGUCUAGAAAAAUUAACUUUCGAAAUUGACUGAAUUCUUGAACGAUUCGAUAACUUGAGAAAAUGUUAUUGUAUGUAAAAUAAUAUUUAAUUCUUAUAUUAUAAAAGCGUUGUUUCCUCUGUC